GCCCUCACAGCUGACAUUGACAGUUAGUUAGAUAGGUAAAAUUGACAAGGUCUUGUAUUUCAACAUUACAACAAUCAAUUUACAAAUAAAUACGUGAAAAGUGUUGUGGAAGUUAUGGCGUUGAGUUUUUUUAAUGAAAGUGAGGCACCGCGGGACUUCCGAGUGUCGUCCACGGAGAGUGAUGGCCAUUACAAGAAGUGUCUUCUUUGUUACACCGUGAAAAAGAACUUCUACUGUUCGGAUUGCGUCAGGGCGGGCAAUUUUGUUCACUCCUCGAUGCCUUACGCAGACAGAUACGCAGAAAAACAAGCAAAACUACUCCGUAUGAAAGUUAACCGCAAACACAUACUAGAUAGAUGUGAAAAAUUAUUAGCAUCAAAACUGAAGAAAGACACAUUAUUAACAGAAGCUAAACAGUCCCGAGAUAACCUGGAUCUCCUAAGACUAGCGAUUGAACAGAGACGUAGCAACAUUGAAGAGAAGCGGAGACAACUUGCGGAACUCCGAAGUCAUAAUAAUGAGUUGAUGCUGAAGCUUCCUCGGUAUCAGAAACGUGUGACGAGCCUCGGGAAACAUGCUCAGAUACAGAGGAUGGAGUUGGAGAACAAAGUCAGCACGUACAAUGAACAGGCAGAGUCGUUGGCAGCUUUACGCAGAUCACGUAUACGGCAGCUCACAAAGUAUAUAUUCCCGGUGUAUAUGACGUAUGAUACUAGUGAGAGUAUAGAGGACAUGGAGUUCAUAGGCGAGGACACGGAGGAGGAGCCCCCCAAGCGGCCGCAGCUGCACAUCGUGGCGCCCUGGAUCCACACCGACGGCGACUUCUCGCAGGUGCACGAGUGGCUGCGUCAGGACGCGGAGCUGGCGGGCUGCCUGUCGGGCGCGGGCGUGGGGCGGGCGGCGCGCGUGGUGGCGGCGCUGGCGCUGUGUGCGCAGCUGCUGGCGCUGCUCGCCUGGGCGCUCGACGCCAGGCUGCCGCACACCAUCUCGCUCAACGAGUACUGCAACUGGCGCGUGUCAGCGAGCGGCGUGUCGUGGCGCGCGCGCCGCCUCAGCGCCGCCGGCGCCGCGCUGUGCGCCCGCGCCGCGCUGCCGCCGCCACACACGCACGCCGCGUCCGCGCCACACGCCGCACACGCCACGCCCGCGCCACCGCACGCGCUCGCCGCGCUGCACACGCUAGUGCGAGCUGCGAACACUGAUGACCCCAUGCUUGGCAGGGUGGAGUCAUGGAUGAGCAGCUGCGAGGCGGCGGUGCAGUCUGUGUGGGCGGACGCGGUGGCGGCGCUCGGCGACCUCGACGCCGACGACACAGAGCCGCCGGAGCAUCUGCACUGGCCAGAGACCAUGGAGAUUGAGGAGUUGAGCUGCACCCCGCCGACGCCUGCGCCGGCGCCGUCGCUGCUGACGUCAUUCGCCUCCAUGUGGCGCGUCUUCAAGUGACACGCACACACACACACACACACACACACACACCAAACACAUGCAUACACACACACACUCACACAGGCGUCCCUGGUGGUCGACUCACACACACAUACACACAUUGGCUACAUAAUAAGAACGUAGCUCUGCUGUCGUUCACAUAACGUUCAGCUUACUAUAAAAUCCCGUCUAAAUAACUCUUAAUUGUGAUAGAAAGUAUUUUCAAUUGACACCUUUUAUCAUGCACUUUAAUGCUAAACUUUCAAUUAUUGUGUUUUUUUGCUUCUCGGAAUAAUAAUUGGCUUUUGGCUAUAAAUUUUAAUUGUUUACGAUGAAACUCGCUAUUUUAAAUAAAUAAAUAUGAAGAUAUCUUGUUUGUGGAAUGUGCAAUAGUAGACACAUUGAAUUCAAAUUCUAGUAUUAAGCAGGUUGUGUCAACUGUAUUGUUACUCUCAUCGAAUUAUUGACAAAUUAAUAUUUUCUUUUUUUAUAUUUUUGUGCAUUAUUGACAUGAAUAAAUACAAUAUAGUUUUAUAUUA